AGUGCUGAGAGAAGACGAAGUUCUGACGGUGACUUUGAGCUUUGGUUAAAAUGUGCUUUAAUUAGCUCGUUAAUGAAUGUAGUCAGGCUUUAAACUCGGGUUUUUGUUGUUCAUUGAACGUACCAACAUCCUCAGACAUUCAUAACGAUCUCAGAUCAUCAGAACACGGAAAUGUCUGCUGGAACAUCUGCGGCACUCUGGUUGCUGUUUGUCAGCAUCGUCUUCGUCUCUGCAGAGCAGAAAAUCAUCACAGCUGAUCCUGGACAGAACGUCACUCUGACAUGUCGAGCUCCAAGUAAUGACAUCAGAGUCAUAGAGUGGAGAAGACCUGACCUGAAGCCAGAAUUUGUCCUUUUGAACCGGGAUGGUCAGUCUGAUCCAGAUGACCUGCAUCCAUCUUUUAGGAACCGGGUGGAUCUGCAGGACAAACAGAUGAAGGAUGGAAACGUGUCUGUGAUUCUGAAGAACGUGAUGAUCAACGACACUGGAACAUACAUGUGUCGUGUCUUUGUGGGAGAAACUGGCUCAUGGAAAUCCAUCAAAAACAUCACCCUGAGUGUUGUUCCUGCAGGUCCAGGAGGAGGAGCUGCUGGACUGAUGGUUGGUCUGCCAGUUUUCAGUCUCCUUGUUGUUGCCGUUGGUUUUGCAGUCUAGAGACCAACAGAGUGAGGAUCCACACCAGCCUCCCACUGAGCUGCAGCCUGUUUGAAAUCUGUUUUUUCCAGCUGAACUGUUCUGUUCUCUGUCAGGAUGAUCCCACACUGCUUCAAUAUCCAGGUGGUAGUGUGUGUGUGUGGGAUCAUUGUCAUGCUGAAAAUGAAACCGUUGCUAAUCAGACUCCCCAACAACACUGACUGAACUGCAGCCCCAAACUAUGAGAGAUUUUUCACCAUGUUUACAGAUGGCUGUCGACACUCACAGUUGUACCUCCAUCCUGACCUCCUCUAGGUUAACAACUGGAACAAAAUUUAGAUCCAUCAGAUCUGCCGAUGCUGAUUUUCAGUCCAGUUCUUGUGUAAUGUGGCAAAUCUCAGUCUAUUCUCCUUGAUUCCCUUCCUCAAGAACGGCUUCUUGAUGGCCACCUUCCACUGAGAACAUUUUUGGUGAGGCUGCAGUGAACAGCAGAUGGAUCACCUGAAGGUCCAGGUGCACCUCUUGGCUCCUGUGUCAGGUCUUUGCUGGAGUUUUUCUUGUUUUUUAAGGAUGUGACUUUCAGAUGCUGUAGAUCAUUUUUUUAACACUAGAACUCCCAAGGUGGUCAUUUUGACCAUUUUCAAAUUUUGCAGUGCAGUAUCUUUUUUGCUAUUAACCCCAUGUAACAGUAGGAUCCUGAAUUUUCCUAAAUAUGUGUGUAUUUUAUUCUAACAUUGUAAUUUUUUAAAAAUUACAAGACACAAGAGGGUUAUGAGUGUUUCUACCUAGAACUCCCAUAGGUGGUCAUUUUGACCACAAAACAUUAUUUACAUAAAAUUGUGAUAAAUAAAUAUAUGUAUAAAUAUAAUUAGUAAUCAAUAAAAGAUCAAAGAAUACAUGGAUCUGUAAUGUUACCAAUCAACUAAAGAUUGUCGUGGCCAGGGUCAUAGCUGUUAUAUUGACCAUAUCCAUAUACAGCGUAAUUUAGUGAAAUUGGAUGCUUUUUGGCUCCUGAUAGCUACCACUUGCUGUUGAUGGGCAAAGUGUCGUUCUUGGUAUUCUCAAGAACUUGAGAACAUGUGACUGGACUUUAUUUAAACCCUAGUGGGGGCUGUACCCUGUGGAGGUGGUUGAAAACCCAUUGGUAUUCAUCAUCACAUGAGCCAAUGUGUGAAAAAACAUGUGGAUCAUUAUCACAAAGGGAGACCUAUGAAACCACUGUGGUACCUGUGAGACCUGGUCACUUCAGGUGGCCUCAAUAGGUAACUUGAAGUAAGGUGUGAGUGGGGUUUGAGGCACCUGGAAGGGAUCUCUAGAUUGUAUUGUAAGAAGCUGACAGCUGGUAUCAUAAACCACCACCUCUGUUCAAUGAUGGUCGUUCACAGGGGACAUAAAUGCCUAUUUCACUCCUCUUUCAAACCAUCUUUGUUCUCGGUCCGAAAUAUGAACAGUGGCAUCCUCAGAAGAUGUGGUUAUUCCAACUGGGCCUUCAUCAACUCAGUGAAGAUGAACGGGAAAGAAAGUCGGACACCAGCUAGGAAGAAAGAGCAAACCUGUAACAAUAUCUCUAAUGUAGCAGGUUUGUCAGCAAAUGCAGGAGAAUUUUCUCCAAGCAUGAUAACCCAGCCACACUCUAGGACAAAAAAAUGGUCCCAAGGACAAAACUCCCAAACACAACUCCAUCCUAAUGUACUGUGCACUGCAGCAAAGAGUGCUCAGACUUCUACAUUGGAAAAACUGAGCAGCCACUCAACAAAGGCCUAACAUGGAACGGCCAUCACAGCAUGACAAAACUCAGCUGUACUUCUGCACCUAAAGGAUGAAGGACACUCUUCCAACUGUUGACAUUUUGGACUGGGAAGGUGGGAUCAUUUGAAAGAGGAGUAAAGGAAGCCAUCAAUGUCAACUAUAAACGACCAUUACUGAGAUUGUGGCUUGAAACAUCAGCUGUCAGCUACCUACAGUGUAGUCUUGAGAUCCCUCCCCAGGUACCUUAACCCUGACUCACACCUUUUUUUUAGGGGGUGCGACCUUGGGGUUAAUGACCCACACUUUUGUUUUACACCUUAGCUUGUGUGCUACAGCACAUGAAUAAUAGUGGGUCAAUGACCACCUCCAAAGGGGACAACUCCAUUAAGGUUUAAAUACUUUUGGUGGAAAAGCCUAAAGAAGCUUCUUGGAUAAGAGGGGAACCGACUUCAAAAAAAAUUUAAAGAAGUCCUCUCAACAUUUUUUGAGUUGUUGAGAAAACCAUGACCUGGAAUCUACACACACAUAUGUUCCGGUUACUGAUGUUCCUUGCCACAACCAUCUUUAGUUGAUUGGUAACAUUACAGAUCCAUUUAAUCUUUGAUGUUUUUAAUUGAUUCUAAAUUAUAUUUGUACAUAUGAUAUUGAUUUAUUAUAAAUGUAAGCAAAUAAUGUAUGGUGGUCAAAAUGACCACCUAUGGGAGUUCUAGUAGUUCCAGAAUUCUGGGAGUUCUAGUGUUAAACCUACCACUUCUUCUGUCCCCCGCUUGUCCAGUUUCUUUUUUUCUUUAAAGACACACUGCACAGCAUCAUCGAGUAGGUUUUUGGCCAUUUGUGAAUCACCUUGUUGGUACAUUUUCAUAGAUUCAUCUAAACAAGUAUUUUGGGGACAGACUGCUACUAACCAAGAGCCUAAAGAUACAAUUUAAAUUUUUUUUUUUUUUUUGCCAAGUUAUGUGUAAAUAUAACCCUGAUUCAUCCCUUAAGGUAGGCGCCCUUUUUAAACCUUUAAGGCUUCAUAGGCCAGUGUCUUAAAACCAAAGAAAAAACAUUCCUGUGGAAUGUUCAGGACUGAAAAUGAGUGAAAAAGCAGCCAAUGAACAAAAACAGCAUUUGUUAGACCUUCAGAAAUCCUGCAGAGCUGCUGCUCAAGAAAAAUUACAACAAGGUCUGAGGGCUGGCUCAAGACUUUUGCACAGUGUUGCAAAUGUCAGCAUAAAUUAUAGUUUAUUGAUAUUUAUUGUUUGUUUCUGCUCAUCCUGCAGUUCAGUGUGCUCAGUGUUACAGGAUCAGUGUGUGUGUUUAUCUUCAUCUGUGUGUGGAUCACACCUGCUCUGUGAGGUUUGAUCCUCAUGCAGAGAUCAGCUGUUACAGCAUCAUCAUCACACUGACUGAACUCAAAGUGAAGUACUGUUGAUUAAACACAAUCAUCAAUUUAAUAGGUGUUCAGAAUUAAUUGAUCAGCUACAAAUGAAGGAGUGUUACAGUGUUAUGAAAACAAAUGUUUUCCAUGUAGCUGCACAGUCAGACUUUUCCUGCUUCUGUGAAACUUUUCCUUUCAUGAAGGAGGCUCUGCAGUCUGUUUGUUUGCAGUUUAGUCAUUACCUCAGCUAAGGAGGUUAUGUUUUCGGUCGUGUUGGUUUGUUUGUUUGUCAGCAGGAUUACUCCAAAAGUUAUGAACGGAUUUCGAUGACAUUUUGUG